CACCACGCUCCUUUCACCAUUCCCGACACCCGCCCAACAUGUCGAAAACAGUCACAGUAACCUCAGCCCAACACUUCUCCCAAAUCCUCACCUCCUCGCGCGUCGUGGUCACAGACUUCUACGCAGACUGGUGCGGACCAUGCAAAGCAAUCGCUCCCGUCUAUGAGGCUUUAAGCCAACAACUCUCCCGCCCAGGAGCCAUCACAUUCACAAAAGUCAAUACCGACCAGCAACGCGAAAUCGUCCAAACAUACAACAUCUCUGCCAUGCCUACCUUCAUAAUCUUCAAAGCUGGACGCGAGACGAAGAGGAUCAAGGGCGCUGAUCCCAAGGGACUGGAUGCUGCGGUUAAGCAACUGGCACAGGAGGCUAGUAGUGCGGAUGCAGGAGGAGAUGCUGGGGAGGGUAGCUCAGGAGGUGCAGGAGGCUGGACUGGAGCUGCUGCGCCGAGAGGAUAUGGGGAGGUGACGGAACAGGUUGAGAUUAAUGGAUUGGAUUUUUUGAAUCUUGAUGGCGAGGCUGGGGAUAAGAGGACGAUCUUUGACCCCUCAAAGCCCAGCGCACUGGAUGCCAAGGGAAAGAGCUCGGAGGGCAAGAAGGACUACAUCGAGAGCGACACGGAUGAGCAGCUCAUGCUCUACAUCCCUUUCCAGUCUACGCUCAAGCUCCACUCCCUACACAUCACGUCGAUACCAGGCGGAGAGAGCAUGAGACCUCGCACGAUACAUCUUUACACCAAUCGGAGUCAUGUUCUGGGAUUCGAUGAGGCGGAGGAUACGCCUGCUACGCAAACGAUUGAGCUGGAGGAGAGUAGCUGGGAUAGCAAGACGCAUACGGCAAAGCUGGAGUUGAGAUUCGUCAAGUUCCAGAAUAUUUCGAGUGUUACUGUCUUUGUGGCAGAUGGUGAGCGUGAUGCGGAGAAGACGAGAAUUGAUCGGAUACGGCUGUUUGGCGAGACGGGAGAGAAGAGGGCAAUGGGGAAGCUGGAGAAGAUUGGGGACGAGCAGGGAGAGUAGAAGAAGCAUGGGGCUGAAGCAUAUGGCAUCGAAAGCGGCGAUCAUGAGCACCAUGGAAAAUCACGGAUAGAGGUAGUUGAGCUACUUACUCACCAAUGAAUGAUAUGCAUGAAGUCACUUUAUCGUGGCUG